AUGGUCCCGGAUUGCUUGAUUAUCAUUUUCAACCAAUUCUCCUUGCUUUAUGUAGGGCCUGCUCUUGUUCUCUACACGAUCAACCGUUCACGCGUUCCAAAAUCCUUACAAUUAGUCCUUCCACUUCUGAACUUACUCCUCUUGACUCUCUUCCUCAUAUCUUCAUUCCCCAUUCUCAUCUGGCUAACUGUCAAGUACUUUAUGAUCCAAAAGAAAACCAAAUCAUCAUCCCCUUCAAACGUAUCCCCUCCAAGUAUUAUCAUCACUCCUACUACUCAAGAUCAUAUUACCAACUUACCUCCAUCAGUUAAAGAACAAAAUCAAAACUUUCUGACUGCUUAUCCUCAAUCACGUCCCAGGCGCCGAAAAAAACCAUUAUGUGCUUCGAGUUUUGAGCCCGGUUCUUUAGCGGAUCUCGUUCACCGAGUGGUAUGCUCUUGCACGUCGCGCAAAAUGAAUAUUUGA